UUAAAACUGUUUGUUUUAUAGAGUUUGACAAAUCCAGGGCUGAAAUCAUCCAAACCAUUCUAGUGAAGAUGAGCCAUGUCUGUCCCCAGCCAGUGGACUUGUCUUCGUCUCUUUGUCUUCAGUAACCUUCUCAUGCUGGGGUUCCUCAUGCUCUUCUACUCCUACCAUCACUCCGACAUGACGGACAUGAAGCUCCCAUCGUUUGUCACCUUUUUGCAUCCCCGUUGGAACAACAGCAACAUAAAUUUAGAAUAUGAAAUCAAAAAGGACACCAUACUUCUCAUCUGGACAUGGCCCUUUGGAAACAAGUUUGAUACAGACUGCAGUGUUUAUGGCAUCAGUAAGUGCCAUUUGACUGACAAUAGAAACAUGUACCUUGCCGCAGAUGGUGUGUUUUUCCAUCAUUUGGAUGUGCGUGAUCUUCCAAUAAUUCCACGACCGUCUUUCCAGAAAUGGGUGUGGUUUAACAUGGAAUCGCCGGCAAACACAGCUGUAAACCCCAAACUAAACCAUAUAUUCAACCUCACAUGUAACUACCGCACGGAUUCCACCAUCCAAGUGCCAUACGGAUACGUGGUGCCACGCAGUUCUUAUGAUCCGAUUUUCAAGCUUCCAACAAAGGACAAAUUAGUGUGCUGGAUUGUAAGCAACUGGAAAAGCCACUUUCAAAGGAUCCAGUAUUACAAUAAACUGAAAAACUACAUUGACAUUAACACCUACGGCCAAGCAUUCGGAAGUCUGUUGUCCGACCAAGCUUACACGGACAUCAUAUCAGGAUGUAAGUUCUACCUUGCGUUUGAAAAUUCGGUCGCCAAAGACUACAUGACGGAAAAAGUGUUCAGUCCGCUGUUGUUUGGGAGUGUGCCCAUUGUCUUAGGUCCUCCCAGAGAAAAUUACCAGGAGCAGAUCCCAGAGAAGGCUUUCAUCCAUGUCAAUGACUUUGCCAGCCCCAAGGAACUGGCCCAGAGACUGCACUAUCUCGACAAUCAUCCAGAGGAGUACAUGGACUACUUCAAAUGGACGAGGGAGUACAAGGUGAUCCUCUCCUAUUUUGGAAAGGAACAUGCGUGUAGAUCAUGCAACCAUAUACAAACGCAUAAAGGACCAGAGGUGGUUCAAAAUCUCCAGACAUGGUUUUGGGGUGAGAAGUGAUGAUGGUAAGAGCUCUGCAGUGGCUCUGGAGCUCCACAGUCUCACCACCUUCCAAGUCUUCUCUGAUUCCACAAGUACAUUUUCGGUUCAGUUUCCCGUAGACUUGUGGGAAAAUUUAAAUAUUAAGAGUUCAAAGACUUCGCAGAACCAGCUACGUGCAAACUAAUAACCAUAAACCAAAAAUCACAUUUAAAACCCAAGAUUUGGGAAAAUGUUUAAAGGCCUGUUUAUACUUCAUAAGAACAUAAGAACUUAAUCAUUUUGUAUUCUCGGCUUGUUCUUGACACCGCAGCCAAGCAGAACUUUGUUUGGCACUUCGGCAGUGUUGUCCAACAUCUUUACUCUGCUUGGUUAUUUAUGUGGGCAUGAUUCUGCUUCUUUGUCGGUCCACAGCCAGAAAAAAAAAAAAAAAGGAUGGUUUAAAGGUUGUAUGGAGGAUUUUUUUUUGUUUCAAGUUGUCAAUUGUUGUCAAUGAUAACAUUAUAGAGAUGCAGUAGCCUUGUAAUUAUGAUGACCAAAAAAAAGAGAAUAAAAAUUCAUCAACUCUGGACGUGGUGGGGCUAAACUUUUGCCAAUAGAUAACGACACUGCCUCGUUAUCUGUUAGCUGACAGGCUGUCAAUCAAACUCCCUACGUGGCUUACGUACGCCUGUCACGCAGUCCACAGACGCAAGACGCACAGACGCUGUUUACUCCACCAACACAACAGUUCUUAGCGGCUUUUUUUGACCUAUAUCUUCCUCGCAGUUAGCACAAAGUUUGUUGCAAUGGCAGACAAAAAUCCAGGAGCAGUU